CGUGCUCUCUCAGAGGUGGGUUGGCUUCUCCUCCCCCUCCGGUUCGGUUCGGUUCGGUUACGGUUCGCUUCUCCUAGGGUUCGUGGUAGGCAUGGCGGCGCCGGACGUUGAGUACCGCUGCUUCGUCGGCGGCCUCGCCUGGGCUACCGACGACCGCUCCCUCGAAGCCGCCUUCAGCACCUUCGGCGAGAUCCUCGAGUCCAAGAUCAUCAACGAUCGGGAGACCGGGAGGUCGCGCGGGUUCGGCUUCGUCACGUUCUCGAACGAGCAGGCGAUGCGCGACGCCAUCGAGGGGAUGAACGGCAAGGAGCUGGACGGCCGCAACAUCACCGUCAACGAGGCGCAGUCCCGCCGCUCAGGCGGUGGAGGCGGCGGCUACGGUGGUGGUGGCGGCGGCUACGGCCAGCGCCGUGACGGCGGUGGCUACGGCGGUGGCGGCGGCGGCGGCUACGGCCAGCGCCGUGACAGCGGUGGCUACGGCGGCGGCGGUGGCGGCUAUGGCGGCGGUCGUGGCGGCGGUGGCUACGGCGGUGGCUACGGCAGCCGCGGCGGCAACUCCGACGGGAACUGGAGGAACUGAGUGGUGGGGCCCUCGUGGCCAGUUAUCCUGUUAUCGUUGUUUACCUAGCCAUCAUCAU